GAAAACCCAGAGUUCUUCUUUCAAUGCACAUUCUCUCAGAGAACGAGUCAGAGGUGAGACCAGAGCUGCAACAUGUGUUGUUCCUGCUCUAUUAGAGGCUGGCUGCUUUUCUUCACAAUCCUACAAGUGAUUGGUGGCAUGAGUUUCAUUGUCACCCCUUGGAAGUAUUACAGGAGCAGUGAAAAUGACCUAGAUGAACGUCUGUCUCCUGUCAGAUGGACUAUCUUCACAGCAGGUGUGGUCUCCUUUCUCCUUGGCAUCACGGGUCUGCAUGGAGCUCGUAAGAAGAACAAGAACUUCCUGAUCACGUAUUCAGUUGGAUCUUGCCUGCGAUGCUUUGGACUGGGUUUUCUGACCUACUACCUUCCACCACAGCUUCCAAAUAUGAUGAAAGCCUGGUAUGAAGGGUACGUCCCGUUGCACACAAAUGGAAGAGAUGUGGUACCAGGACUGAUGCAACUGCAAACCAUUGGUGAAUGCUGUGGAUUGGUCAAUGGGUAUAAAGAUUGGGGUUCUCACGUCCCCUCCUCGUGUACAUGCUAUCCUCUCCGACUAGAGUCCUGUGUUUUUACUGAGCAUGGCUUUGUUUACAAACAACCUUGUAUGGAUCUAAUUGUGAAGAUUUACAUGGACAUGAAUAUUGUGAGGAACACCUGUAUUUUCUACGUGGUCAUUACGUCUCCCAGUCCCUGCCACCAUGUUACAGAUCGCAUUCACACUUCUCCAGAAGUUGCAUUGUAUGCACUCCACGCCAUUGUAAUGCUUCUGGCGUUGGUAAUGACCCGUAGAAUCCAAAAGGCCUCCUCGGCUGAGGUGACCAUGGAUCUUAGCUAUAGAAACGUAACCAACAUGGAAAUGGCAACUACUCCUCAAGCUCCUCCCAUGCUGCCUGCCACACAAGCUCCUCCCAUGCUGCCUGCCACACAAGCUCCUCCCAUGCUGCCUGCCACACAAGCUCCUCUUCAUGCCAGCUCUUAUUACCAGCCACCUCCUCCGUACCAGUACGAUGGGAAACACUAGAGGGACGUGACUGACCUGCGAACCCAUGUUGAAUUUCCUCAUUGAUUACAACUGGACCAGGGUUAGGUUUAAGGCUAGGGUUAAAGUUAGGGUUAGGUUUAAGGCUAGGGUUAAAGUUAGGGUUAGGUUUAAGGCUAGGGUUAAAGUUAGGGUUAGGUUUAAGGCUAGGGUUAAGGUUAGUG